AUGUUUGCAAAAGCAACAAAGAAUUUUGUGAGAGAAACUGACAGUGGAGGUGACUUGAUCCCUGUCUCCCACUUGAAUGCCUCAGACAAGCUGCAGCUUCUGAGCAUAGUUACAAAGAGGAAGAAAUUCUGGUGCUGGCAGAAGCCUAAGUAUCAUUUCUUGACAGUCACCCUGAGUGAUGUACUUACUGAAGACAAACCGAUAAAACCAGUAAUUGUGGAGUCUGACUUUGCAAAAUAUAUGGGGAAGUUUGAAGAUUUUGUUCAAGGAAGUAUUGAAACUUCAUUUGGAAAGAUCAGCCUGGGAGCUGGAGGGAAGGGCUAUGUGGAAAACCAGUCCUCAUUUGGAAACCUGAGAAAGCAGGAGAUUGACUUGCAGCAGCUUAUGAAAGACGUCAAGGACAGAACAAUAAAUCUGAACAGUAGUUUACUGCAACAAGUAAUAGAAAGAAAACGUGAAGUGCUGUGCAUCUUGAGAGAAAAGAUAAUAACAACUCAGAAGUGUACAAUAUCUGAACAUAUCCAGACAGAAGAAAAAAUCAGUGGUGUGAUGGGGUGCAGUACAAAAACAGUAAAGGUUUCAGUGAGUGAAAAUGGAAGUAUGAUGAAGGAUUCUAGUGUGAUCCUUGAAAUUCCUCCUGCAACCACUAUUGCCUACGGUGUAAUUGAACUGUUUAUAAAGCAGAGUGGCCAGUUCGAAUUCUGUCUGCUAGAUGAACAGCAAGGAGGUUUUGAAAAAGAAAGCACAGAAGGCUCAACUUAUCCCCAUUCAGCACUAUUCAGAGAUGCUUUAUUUCUCUACCAGCCAGAUGCUGUUGAUAAUGAGAUGUACUCUGGGGCUAAAAACCGCAUUCCCAGUGAUGCUUCUUUAAGUGUAUUGAAACAAGAUCUGUCAUGGUUGAAGACUCAGUUCCAGCCCUUUGUGAAGCUGCCGGAAGACAAGCAAAGAGCUUUAUAUAAAACCCUUUGUGAACUCUUGCUCCAUGAAGAAAUGGUAGCUGCCCUGGAGGACCUGUUAGAUGAUAUCUGUACAGGAGACAAGCCAGAUCUGAAGGAGUUAAAACCUGCACAACAACAAGACCUCCUUGGCUUCUUGCAGCUCUUAGGGUGCAGCUUACAGAGUGAGCUGUUGUUGCAGAAAUACCAGCCUCAGGAUGAAGAACUCUUAUCGGCUGCUCACCUCCUCAUCAGUGCCAUCUCUGAGCUGCCUGAUUACACUCUUGUCCUGCUGCGUGCCUGCUGUGAUCUUCAGGUUGUUCCCGCGUUGUGUUGUUUGCCUAACAUCGCUUCAGCUGAUGGCACCUUGGCGCUGAGCAGUCCUUUGGUGGCUACUCUCACUGACAGAGGAAGAUUUGAUGUCGUGCAAAGGCUGUUUGCUUCAUCAAACAUUACUUUGGAAAUGACAGUGUCUUCUGUAAAAGCUGUAACUAUGAAAGAACCUAGAUUCUUCCCACUUGUUCUUUACGUUGCAUUGUAUGGAUUUUAUGCUUUAGGUGGGAAUGUGUAG